AAUUCAUUUCACCUGAUGAAGGGGAAAGAUUACCUUUAUUUUUUGAUGAUGAUAAUCUUGAAAUCAGAGAUCCUUAUGAUCUUCAACAUGUCAAUAAUAAAACUAUUUCGUAUCUAUGUUAUGAACUUUUAUAUGAAGAAAUUUUAACAAAAUCAAAUGUGCAAAAAGCAGAAAUUAAAUCAUUGAUAGAUGAAAAAAUAUUUUAUGUAUUAGAUAGAUUUUUAUGGGAUCAGAAGAUUUCUAAAAAGCAAUGGAUCAAAUAUUUACGAAAAAAAUUAAAUGACUAUAAUAAGUUAAAAGCUUUACCUACAAAGUUCCAAAUAGAUGUUUUUUGUCAAAAAUUUAGAACGAACGAUGUUGAAUCAUGCGUUGGAUCAUAUGUUGGAUCGCUAGUGAUGUGGAAAGUAAGCACUGAAAGAGUAAUACAAGCUUUUUGGAAAAACUUCUAUUCGAAUACAUGGGAAUUCAUAGAUAGCAUAGAACCAAAUGACCAGUUUAAACUUUCAUCAAAGGACAGCGAAUUUAUGUUUAACUUUUAUAUACUUGCUGCAGAUGAAUACAUUGAAAAAAUACAAAAAUAUGAAAAAAGGUUAUUGCCAGCACCAAAUUUUGAUUUUAUUAUAAUUAAUUGCGAACAAUUACACGUAAAAGGGAGAUAUUUUUUUAAAGAGUUAUUAGAUGAUUAUAUUGAAGAUAGCGUAUUAAUAAAAUUAUAUGGACAAGAACUUCUAAAGUUCACUACAAUACAAAAUAAUAAUUGGGAUGGUACUAUUGAAAAACCAUUUAUUCCUAAUACAUUACUAAAAAUAAUAGAUAAAGACGAAGCAAAAGAUAAAGACAAUUUAUUUCAAAAAUUAAGAAAAAUCGAAGAAAAGGUUCAAGAAUUGACAGAUAAUGAAAUGAGAUGA